UGCGGUACGCUAGCCAUCCAGUGGCGUUAAAAACAUCAGUUAGCAGUUAGCAAUCGGCCUAACUUGAUGCUGACUCUCCAAAUAUCUUUACUAAAUUUUAUGCUAAGGUAAAGUCGCUAGUAGUGUUUCGAUCGCGGGCUCGGUCGCACUCUUUUGAACAUUCAACCACUAUCGAUUUCCACUAUCCAAUGCAUUUGUAUCUAAUAUCGUCUCUAGUAUGAAUUCGCACCGGGAAUUCAUCAAGUAAUUUGAUAGUAAAAUAAGGCCCGAUUGAUGGUGACUAAGUGAAGUGCGAAGGCUAAAGAAUUCACUGAAAACAUGGACUAUAGUCAAUGCAAAAUUGGUUUGUUUGUAAAGUGUAUAAAAUAGUAACAUGCAUUUUCAGUGAUACGAAUAGUUAUCUAAAAGUAAAUUGCGAAAAUUCGAAUUUGGUUAUGUAUGGUGAAGAGUGAAUAUAAGUGGCUGCAGUAAAUCAUUUCCUUGUGAAACCAACAUCAAAAUCAAGGAAAUACUACAAGCGAACAGUCAGUUAUUUUGAUACCUGUUGACAUUUUCAUCAAAACUGCGACAUGAUGGAACCUAUUGAUGCGCAACCAACACAGAAUACAGCAGACCAGAUCGACGUGGAGAAAGGCCUCCAUCGGACUUCAUCGACGAACGGCACCACUCCAUGUAAUGGCCACACCAAUAACAACAACAACAACUGCUGCAGCAUCAGUUCCGGCGGCGCCAACGGAGUUCACGGUGGGGAGCCCCAGUGCGGGCCCGUGUCGGCGAAGAAGCCAGGUCGGGCGGCAGUUUGUUUUCGCUACGUCGUCGUGACGGUUAUCAUUGCGUUCCUCGCUGCCGCCGUUGCAGUUUUGUGGUACUACAUGGGUUGGUCGUACGGCUUGCCGGCGCUCAUUGUGGCCGUGCUCGGUAUCGUCGUGUCGAAAGUUGGCUGGCGCUGGUUCUACAUUGCAGCAGUGACGACUCCACGUGAUGUGACAGCACUCUUCGCCUACAUUAAACUCCUAAUACUCGUUCGGAAAUAUCAACGAAAAAAUGUUACAGUUUCCGAUAUAUUCCAAACGCAAGUGGCUAAACAUCCAGAUAAAACCUGCAUCAUUUACGAGGAUAAAGUUUGGACAUUCCGUGAUCUGAAUGAGUUCUCCAAUCGAGUUGCCAAUCUAUUCCAUACUCAUGGAUACAAACGGGGCGAUGUUGUCUGUUUGUUACUCGAAAAUCGUCCAGAAUUCAUUGGAGUAUGGUUAGGCUUAUCGAAAAUCGGAGUCAUUACACCCUUAAUAAAUACAAAUUUACGAGGGCCGUCACUACUGCAUAGUAUUACGGUCGCGAAAAGCUCGGCAUUGAUAUAUGGGGAAGGUUUUAAGGAAUGUAUAAUUGAAAUUUCGAAAGAUUUGCCAUCACACUUGGCACUGUAUCAGUUCAAUAAUGCGAAAAAUGAACCGACCGAAGGAGCAGCUAAGGAUAUGAGUACAUUGUUGCAGUCUGCUUCGAAGGAUAAGAUUCCAGCACAUAUUGAACGAGCAGAUCAUCAUGAUAAGCUGUUGUAUAUUUAUACUUCUGGUACGACUGGAUUGCCGAAAGCUGCUGUGAUAUCGCAUUCGAGAUACAUCUUCAUUGUUGCCGGAAUUCACUACACUAUGAACUUCCGUAAUGACGAUAUCUUCUACACACCACUGCCACUCUACCACACUGCGGGCGGUGUUAUGAGUGUUGGACAAACGCUAAUCUUCGGAGCUACAGUUGUGAUCAAGAAGAAAUUCUCUGCUUCUGGAUUUUUCCCAGAUGUCAAAAAAUACAACUGCACAGUCGCACAAUAUAUCGGCGAAAUGUGUAGAUAUAUAUUAGCCACACCCCCAAAUCCCGCCGAUGCAUCUCAUAAGUUACGCCUAAUUUUCGGCAAUGGAUUACGACCACAAAUUUGGCCCCAGUUUGUUCAACGAUUCAACAUUCCAAAGGUUGGUGAAUUCUACGGCGCCACUGAAGGCAAUGCGAACAUUGUGAACAACGAUAACACAGUCGGUGCUAUUGGUUUUGUUUCACGAAUCAUUCCUUCGGUAUAUCCAAUUUCCAUCAUCCGUGCAGAUCAGAACACAGGCGAGCCAAUUCGCGACGAAAAGGGUCUUUGUCAACUCUGCAAACCCAACGAACCAGGCGUAUUUAUCGGCAAAAUUAUUGAAGGCAAUCCAUCACGUGAAUUUUUAGGCUACGUAGAUCGACAAGCCUCCGAGAAGAAAGUCGUCCGAGAUGUAUUCCGAAAAGGCGACAUGGCUUUCCUUUCAGGAGAUCUACUUGUUGCAGACGAACGAGGUUAUCUAUAUUUCAAAGAUCGAACGGGCGAUACCUUCCGGUGGAAGGGCGAAAACGUGUCUACCAGUGAAGUCGAAGCCCAAGUCAGUAAUGUGGCUGGAUAUCGUGAUUGCAUUGUUUACGGCGUAGAAAUUCCAAAUUUAGAAGGACGAGCCGGAAUGGCAGCUAUAUAUGAUCCUGAUCGAGUGGUCGAUUUGGAACAGUUUUCUGAAAAUAUCAAGAAAGUCCUGCCAACGUACGCGAGACCACAAUUUUUAAGAUUUUUAACGAAAAUUGAUUUAACCGGAACAUUCAAGUUACGCAAAGUAGAUUUACAGAAAGAAGGAUUCGAUCCAAAUAAAAUCACGGACUCUUUGUAUUAUCAAACAGCGAAGGGUAAAUAUGAAGCAUUAACAAAAGAAAUUUAUGAUCAAAUAUGCAGGAAUGAGGUUCGAUUUUAGAAAAUGUUAUGAAAAGGUGAAUCCUAUUUUAGAAAAAUCGUGAACACAUAUUCAUAGUUAUCUCGCAGAGUUUCAUUAAAAGUAAGCAAUAAUCAAUAAACCUUCAGAUCGGAGGAUUCGCUUAGUCGAUCGCUUCUUGUUUAGUGCCAACGUCUUACUGCACCUUUCCCUCCCCAUAACCACAGGGACUACUAUUCAGGAUGUACUACAAAUCAAAAACGAUCAGCUAAACGAAUCACUUUUAAACAAUCUUAGAAAAAUUUGCCAAUCAACUGAGAUUAACACUUGAAUUAAUGUUCGUUGAAAAUGAUAUUAUUAGAAGAGAAUGGUUCAUUUUCUUAGGUCUUCUUCGUAUGAUUGUUUCCCACAAUGCGUCGAUAUAGGUGUGCCUAUUUUUUUUAUAUUUAUAAUGAGUCCGGGAAGUAAUAGUUUUUGUGUAACUAGUUUUAAGUUAAAGUAGCAGAAAUGAAGCAUGAAAAUGACUUUGUACGACGACACACAAAAGACUUAAAUCGAUACCAAGAAAUUUGAAUGGAUAACAACAUCCUGAACAACUUCGUUCAAACUUUCUUGUGAAGAUUUACUGAAUAAGUGAUUAAAGUUAAGUUUUUUUUUUACAUUGCUGCUUGAUUUGUUUUUAUUAUUAUGAUAUUUUGUAUAUAGCAAAACUUGUGGUUGAGAUUUAUAUUAUUAGGACUUUUUCAAGUUUUAAAUGAAAUUUUAAAAAACAGAAAAUUAUCAAUAAAAAAAAUGAAACAUUAGUUGAAA